AUCUACAAUCGUUGAUGAUUUUAUCGAAGAACUAAGCUCAAAUUCUAGUAAUUUACAAAAUAUAGAAUUAAUAGAAAAGAAUAACGCAAAUGAUGAAAUAGAAAUAAAAUUAGCUCACUAUAAAAAAAUUUUUGAUUUUGCCCUAAUGCUGUAUAAUAGAGAAAGAGAUAAUGCUCAUUUUGUUAAGAACUUUGAUAAUCUCCUAAAACCAGUUGUCAAAGCUAUCGAAGAAUGUGAAAAAAGGUUAAAUGCUCAUAUAUAG